AUGAGACCUUCACUUGUCGUUUUCGCCUUCCUCGAGAUCUUCAGGCUUGUGGAGCCGAGGUCUGUCGAACGGUAUACCUAUGCGGCCGUCGUUGAUUCUCCGGUUGAAACCCCCGGCCAGAUAGGCUUGGUCGCAGAUGAAAGAGAAGACGUCCCUACAAAAUCUUGGAAGAAUGAUCUUCCAUCUACUCUACAAGAUAUGCUCGAUGCGUUGGAGGUAAUGCAGGACACCUACUUUGACUUGUUCUCAGGGACCUGGCCAAGUGCCAUUGAUUGGACCUCUGCUGUCAUGGGAACUCAGGUGUCGGCAACCUUGGGAAGCAUUGUAUCUUCGCUGGACGCCUCUGCGACCUCGACUUGCGCUGAUAUGCUGGUCAUGCAAAACAUCAUUGAUCGAUAUUUUGCCCAAACAUCAGUUUUCUACUUUGGCGAGAACGCCUUUGGGUUACGGAAUCAGGCUUACGACGACAUGCUUUGGGUGGUUCUCGGCUGGCUCGAGAACCUGAAAUUUGCUGAAAUGUAUUCCUUGAAACAUUGGGACUUUCUACGACACAAUAACGGAUGGCAUGGCUUGCAAUUUAUCCCUAUGGCGGCGCAUAGGGCUCGCAUCUUUUACGAUUUGGCAGCGUCUGGCUGGGAUGAAUCACUGUGCGGUGGCGGCAUGAUCUGGAGCCCCUAUCUCACGCCCUAUAAAAACGCCAUCACUAACGAGUUGUUCGCCGCCGCGAGCAUUGGGAUGUACCUGUAUUUUCCGGGAGAUAACAACACUUCACCCUACGUGGCGCAAGGUUCGGAAGGCUCCGCCCAGCCACAUGAUCCUGUAUAUCUGGAGAAUGCGAUCAAAAGCUACAAAUGGCUCAUGGAGAGCCAGAUGCGCAGCCCUGCGGGAAUGUACCAAGAUGGGUUUCACGUUACAGGCUGGCACCGCUAUCCCAAUGGUACCAUCAACCCAGGUACCGGAAAGUGCGAUGAACUCAAUCGGAUGGUCUACACAUAUAACCAGGGUGUCGUUUUGUCCGCCAGCAGGGGUCUCUGGCUUGCUACCGGAGCACGAAGCUACCUGGACGAUGGUCAUGCGCUGGUUGAAAGCGUGAUUCGUGCCACUGGCUGGCCAAAUAACGACUCUGCGUGGAGUGGCCUGGGGCGAAGCGGAGUCCUGGAGGAGUUUUGCGAUCAUGGUGGCUAUUGUAGUCAAAAUGGUCAAACCUUCAAGGGUAUUUUCUUCCAUCAUCUGUCGGAAUUCUGCAGGCCAGUAUGGGCUCAAGAGGAGUCGUUCCUCGCUGCACGGAUAGCUUCUGGUGACUUUGACCGGGACGUUUAUGAUUACCACCUUGCGCGGUGCGCUGCUUAUGACAAAUGGGUUGCUCACAAUGCACAAGCCGCACUGGCCACCAGAAACACCAAUGGCCAUUUUGGGAUGUGGUGGACUUUUGGACCACCUGAUGAGGAAGCAAUGGAAGUCAUCCGCGAGACGACUGUCCUUGUAGACGACGCCGAUGACCAUCUCAACCCGAAACCACAAGAUUGGUCGGAUCAACCUGUUACCACUGCGGACUGUAAUGACCGAGGAAGAGGUCGAACGGUAGAGACUCAAAGUGGAGGAUUAGCAGUGCUUCGGGCAAAAUGGAACUGGGACGUCUAUUUCAGGGAGAUCUCUACAUGA